GAUAACCGCAGACCGCAGAGGCGCGGAAGUCUGCCUGUCUGUUACUAUGGUCUGUCCGUCUCUUUGUGGGCCGGGUCAUGAAACUUAAGGGGUGGGUCUCCUUCAGGAACCUCGCAGCUGGAUUUCUCUCUUCGGCGUCCUGGAGGCUGGUGGCUCUCAGCAACAAGAAGCACGUGCGUCUGUCCAGUCAGUCCGUCGCUAACAUGGCAGAGGAAGCGAAGAAACUGGCCGCCUACGCUGCGGUGGAUAACCAUGUCCAGAACAACCAGGUGGUUGGAGUGGGCAGCGGAUCCACCAUUGUCUAUGCUGUGGACAGAUUAGGUGAGAGAGUGCGUCAGGAGAAACUCAACAUCGUGUGUGUGCCCACCUCUUUCCAGGCUCGUCAGCUGAUUCUGCAGCACGGCCUCACGCUGUCGGAUCUGGACCGGCACCCAGAGCUGGAUGUGGCGAUCGACGGAGCAGACGAAGUGGACGCAGAUCUCGCGCUGAUAAAAGGUGGCGGCGGCUGCCUGACUCAGGAGAAGAUUGUAGCCGGCUGUGCGAAACAUUUCGUUGUCAUUGCCGACUACAGAAAGGACUCCAAGGCUCUGGGCCAGCAGUGGAAGAAGGGAGUUCCCAUUGAGGUGAUCCCCAUGGCGUACGUCCCCGUCUCCAGGACGAUAGCCAAGCGCUUUGGAGGAGAGGCCGUCUUACGGAUGGCUGUCAGUAAAGCAGGUCCUGUGGUCACUGACAACGGUAACUUUAUCCUGGACUGGAAGUUUGAGCGCGCUGAGAACUGGAAGGAAGUCAACACCGCGAUCAAGAUGAUUCCAGGUGUGGUGGAGACUGGGCUUUUUGUCGGCAUGGCUGAACGAGCCUACUUCGGGAUGGAGGACGGAAGCGUGCAGGUUCGAGAUCCUCCAGUCAACUGAAGAGUUUGCCGUAUUCCCCGUCGUCCCUCCUCCCGAAUGACCUCGCUUUAAUCCACAAGUGCCGUGUUUCUGAUUUCCACCUGGUCUCAGACUGGGUUUGGACCGAGCUGCACCUCUUGCAGAACUGGAGCUGGGCUGUUUCACACAUCUCAAAGCCAGAUACGAUUGAGGAUCACUUGGUUUUUCCUCAUCCUGCAGGUGGUGUGUCUUAACACUGUUUUUUAAAGUGCCUGAUGAGUAAAAUCCAGUGCCUCUGAUAUGCGUAGUGGUUGUUGUUUAGUCCAGUCUGGCUGCCUGGUCUCACGGGGGAUGUUGGCUCUUCUUGUCUUACCAGGUGUGACUAAAUGUCUGCAAAGUGCUGGGGGUCACUGCCGUGCCGCAGAAUGAAUCUAAGGUGUGCCUUGAGAUUACAUGUUCAGUCGUAGCAAAAGAAAAAAUGCUAUUAAAGUUACAUUUAACCCUU